AUAUAUAUAUAUAACUCAUCCUACAUAGCAGAGAGACAGAGAGAGAGACCAUGGAGAACAAUGAUAGAGGAACCAUGGAGGACAAUGAGAAAGCUAUUACAACUGAUGAGACAAAAAUCAACUACAGAGGAUGGAAAUCCAUGCCAUUUAUCAUAGGUAAUGAAACUUUUGAGAAACUGGGAGCCAUUGGAACCUUGGCCAACCUCUUGAUCUAUCUUACUGGUGUCUUCAACAUGAAGAGUAUUACAGCUGCAACUAUCAUCACCAUCUUCAAUGGUACCGCCAACUUUUCCACCUUGCUUGGAGCUUUCCUUUGUGACACUUACUUUGGUCGCUAUAAGACUUUGGGAUUUGCAACAAUCGCCUCCUUUAUGGGAUUGCUUGCAAUACAACUAACAGCGGCAAUCAAGAAUCUGCAUCCACCCCACUGCGUAUCAGGACAGAAUGACACUUGCAAAGGGCCAACAGCAGGGCAAAUGGCAUUUCUGCUGGCUGGGUUUGGACUGCUAAUAGUAGGAGCUGCUGGCAUCCGGCCAUGCAACUUGGCCUUUGGAGCCGACCAGUUCAACCCUGGAACAGAAUCUGGGAAGAAGGGAAUCAAUAGCUUUUUCAAUUGGUACUUCUUUACCUUUACUUUUGCCCAGCUGGUAUCCUUGACACUCAUUGUGUAUGUGCAGUCUAAUGUGAGCUGGGCUAUAGGUUUAGGAAUCCCAGCAAUUCUAAUGCUCAUGUCAUGUGCACUCUUUUUCGCUGGUUCAAAAAUGUAUGUAAAAGUGAAAGCCACAGGUAGUCCUGUGACCAGUGUGGCACAGGUCAUAGCGGUUGCUACUAAGAAAAGGCAGUUAAAGCCACCAGAACAUCCAUGGCUUUCCCUCUUCAACUAUAUAUCUCCUAGUUCUAUCAACUCCAGGCUUCCUUACUCGGACCAAUUCAGAUUCCUGGAUAAAGCAGCAAUCUUGACCCCCCAAGACCAAAUAAACCCGGAUGGAUCAGCAACUGAUCAAUGGAACCUUUGCACCAUGCAGCAAGUGGAAGAAGUGAAAUGCUUGCUGAGAGUGAUUCCUAUAUGGUUUGCAGCCAUCAUAUACUAUCUUGUUAUUGUCCAACAGAACACAUACGCAGUUUUCCAAGCCGUUCAAUCUAACAGACAACUAGGAAACACCAACUUCAAGAUCCCACCUGCAACAUAUGUUGUCUUCUUGAUGCUGAGCUUGACCAUAUGGAUACCCAUCUAUGACAGAAUACUUGUACCAUUCCUUCAAAGGCUCACAGGAAAAGAAGGAGGCAUCACAAUCCUCCAGAGGAUGGGCAUUGGCAUAUUUCUCGCCAUAAUCACAAUGCUAGUAUCUGCCUUGGUGGAAGAGCGUCGAAGGACCAUAGCUCUAACCGAGCCAAAUAUGGGAAUUGCAGACAGAAGAGGUGCCAUUUCCUCGAUGUCAGGUCUAUGGUUGAUUCCUCAACUCGUGGUAGCAGGACUAGUUGAAGCAUUUGCUACUGUUGCCCAAGUUGAGUUCUACUACAAGCAAUUCCCCGAGAACAUGAGAAGCAUUGGCGGGUCUUUUUUAUAUUGUGGCAUGGGACUUUCAAGCUAUUUGAGUAGUCUCCUGAUAUCAAUAGUUCAUCGAACGACAAACGGGGCUGCAAGUGGAAAUUGGUUGCCGGAAGAUCUUAACAAGGGAAGAUUGGAUUACUUUUAUUACACAGUUGGUGCUCUACAGGUCUUGAACUUCUGCUACUUUCUAGUUUGCUCAAGGUGGUACAGGUACAAAGGGACUGGCGAGGACACCCUCGAAGACAACCUAGGAUCAAUACAAUUGGAAAAAAAGACUACUGUCUGAUUAUCAAGUUCGUAGCUAAUCACAUUUAUUGCAGGCUUCGUAGACUCCUAUAUAACUGCUAUACAGCUGGAUGACAUGACAUUGUUAUUGCUGAUUCAAGAGUUGAUUUUUACUGCCACGCUAUCCAGUUAUACGACAGUUUUACAGGAGUCUACUAAAUAGAAUAAGUCAUUGCAAACUACAUGAGCCCUUAUACGGCCUUAGUUUAUAGACUAUAUAAAAUAAUAUGUUCCGUUGGCAUUUGGAGGCAGCAUGUUGUUGCAUUAUGUAAGAAGUAGGAACUUUGUUGAAGAGAUAGCUUACAUGGGUAAAGCUGCUAAAGCAGGAUGUGUAAUAUAGAUGGGAAAACAUGGCAAAUGCAUCUCUUUCUUAUAAAAACAUAAUUAGCGAUGAUA